AUGGGCAUUGCCUUUUAUAAGACUUCUUUUGGUGACGAGUCACAAGCUGUCAGCACGCCUCCACAAAUUUCGAUAUAUGUCUUUGAUGGUGUCCUUGACGUUUACUUGAUUGUUUCUUGUUUUUUCUCUCGUUCAUUCAUUUAUUCCUUCUUCCUUUCUUUCUCACUUCAUUCAUUCGUUCAAGGCUUCCUUCAUGGUCACUUCUUGUUUUAUCUUUCCCGCUGUCUUCUCUGUUUUUCCCAGUUGAAUAACAACUACAUUAUCUAUCUAUCUAUCUAUCUAUCUAUCUAUCUAUCCCAUGCUACUGAUACCUAUAUACGUCUUUUCCAAACACGGUUAUCUACUAAAAAUAACCUUUCGAUUAUUCUAUCUAUCUAUCUAUCUAUCGUUUACUUCUAUCUUUCUUCUUAUCAUUUUCUUAUUUCAUUCUUCUUGUAUUUGCUUCGGAUUCUCUUCUUCUCUUCAGCUGUCUCUCCUUUCUUCUUGUUAAGCACCCAAGAUGGAAAAUCCCAGUAA